AUGCCUGUUAUACCCCCCGGUUCCCUGGUGCUCGUUACAGGUGCCUCCGGUUUCGUUGCAGUUCACGUCGUCAAGACUCUCCUGGACGCAGGCUUCCCCGUGCGCGGCACAGUGCGCACAGCGGCAAAGGGCGAGUAUCUCCAGAACCUGUUCAAGGACUCGCCCGUCCCGUUCGCGUAUAUCGUAGUUGCCAACAUUGAGACGGCAAGUCGCUGUCCCGGCGCGUUCGAUGCAGCUGUCAUGGACGUGGUCGGUGUCGCGCACACGGCGAGCCCGUUCCACUGGCACGCCGACGAUCCCAGCGAGCUCAUCGGUCCCGCUGUCCACGGUACACUCGGUUUGCUCAACAGUAUUCAAAGGAUCAAUCCUCAAGUGAAGCGCGUGGUCGUUACAAGCUCGUGUGCGGCGAUUAUAAACGACAAUGUGACAAAGCCCCACUGCUUUACCGAGGCCGACUGGAACACGACGAGCGUUCACGAGUGCGAGACACUGGGUCGCAACGCGAGUGCGACUGCAAAGUACCGCGCGAGCAAGACGCUUGCAGAAAAGGCUCUUUGGCAGUUUAUCGAGGUCGAGCAACCGCACUGGGACGGCGUGACCAUCAACCCGUCAAUGGUGUGGGGUCCGCUUCUGCAGCAGGCAGCGACGAUCAAGGACAUCAACGAGUCGACUGUUAUUAUCCACGAGUGGUUCACAGGCAACAAACCGCAGUCGGACAUUCCCUCGGUUGCCCCGUUCAACGGCGUCGACGUUCGCGAUGUGGCCCUUGCCCACCUUCGUGCUCUCAUCGUCCCCGAGGCUGGCAGUGAGCGCUUCAUCCUCAGCAACGCACCCGCCUCGCCCAAUGACUUUGUCCUGGCGUUUGAGCACUACUGGCCCGAGCGCACGACGUACCCGCGCGGUGAUGCAUCCAAGGUCGAGACGAUCAACGCCGGCUCCAACUACUAUGACCACACAAAGUCGGAGCGUGUCCUGGGUAUCCAGUACACUUCGUUUGACGAGUCUAUCAAGGACGCGACUGCGAGCCUCAUUGCCCGUUAUGGCAUCUAA